UCCAACUUAAAAACACGUAAAUUUGUUGAACAUUAUUAUUGUUUUAUUCUUUUUGAAAUAAACCUAAUAAAAAUAUAAGUAAUGUAUUACCCUCGGUCGUGUGAUACGUUUGUUGUUUUACCUCCGCUAACAAAGGAAAAUGUCGUAAUAUUUGGUAAAAAUUCCGACCGGCCGCAGAACGAAGUCCAAGAAGUGAUUUUGGUGAAAAACAGAGUCCGGGAGUCCAAACUUAAGUGUACUUACAUCACAAUAGAUGAAAGUCCCAAUCAGAUUAAUGAUGUAAUGUUAAGUAAGCCAGCAUGGAUGUGGGGUGCAGAAAUGGGUGCUAAUAAUAAAAAUGUUGUGAUUGGUAAUGAAGCUGUUUGGACUAACAACAAUGAAGGUGAUGGUGAUGCAAGACAGAAAAGGCUAUUAGGCAUGGAUUUAGUCAGGCUUGGUCUGGAGAGAGGGAACUCAGCUGAAGAAGCUUUAGACAUCAUAACAGAUCUUCUUGAGAAAUAUGGCCAGGGUGGUCCAUGUUCAGAAUUUGAUGAUAGCCACUUCUACCACAACUCUUUCCUCAUAGCAGAUCCAAAGGGAGCCUGGGUACUAGAGACAAGUGGAAAGCUAUGGGCUGCAGAGAAAAUUAAUCAAGGAUACAAAAACAUCUCCAAUGGUCUCACAAUCAAGACCAAAAUUGAUAAACAUUCAGAAAACUUGUUUGACAUAGCUGAAAAAAUGAAUUACUGGGAUGGAAAAGGAAAACUGGACUUCACUUCUGCAUUUUCCUCUGGCGGUGACGAGAUGCGACAAGCUGAGGGUGAAAGGUUGCUAGGUGCAUUAUCCUCAGAAAAAACCUUUGACAUCAAGGCUAUGAUGAACAUCUUAAGGCACAAGGAUAGUUGUAUAUGCCGAGGAGUUGACGACACUUUUCCAACGCAGGGCAGUCAGGUGUCAUCGUUAUCUGCUUCGGGAGUGAGCGUACACUGGUUUACGGCCACACCUGACCCGAGUGUUUCGUAUUUCAAGCCGUUUAUCUUUACACCAAAUGCGAUAGCAUCCACUUACACCGUCAGCCCUAAUGAGGCAAAAAGAGAACAUUACCUGUACUCUCUCCACUUGAAAUACGUAUCGCGAACAAAUAACGAGGAAAUUACGGAAAUCCUUAAAGGCGUGGAAGAUGAAUGCCUCCAAGAAAUAACAUCACUGAUACAAAAGCAUGUAUCAGGCGAGACGUCGGAAAUUGGCGAACUUUUUAAGAAGUGUGUCGAAACUGAGAUCAAAUUGUAUGGUUAGGCUGCUAACCAAUCAUUUUAAACUUAUUUUAUAUUCAUUAUUCAGGUAUUAUGAGUAAUAUUACAUCAAAUUGAAAUACAUCGUUUGUUAUGCUGAUACUCUUUACACUGGCCGGGCAGUUGUCGGUCUGUACCCGAACGAACUCGUCUAAAGUCGGAACUCACCCUGCAUCUUCUACCGCAUUUACUAUGAAGUGUUUAGAGGAGAUUUCAUCAUCUGACGUCCGUCUUUCUACAACUGAGCGUUGUUUAAGGCAAUUUUUGCCCACCGAUAUGUUGAGCCAGCUACCCACUGAAAUACUUCCGAACCAAUUCGACUUAUGGUCUUUCAAGAAAAGUGAAUACAAAUUCUUAAACGGUCGGCAACGCAUUUGGUGCGUGCUGGCAAUGUGAGUCCAUGGUUGGCGGUAUCACUUAAUAUGGGAUGAGCUGCCUGACUGUUUCCCCCUGUUACAUAUAAAAAUAUAUAGUCUUAUUAAGAACUGCAUCAAAAUCGUUUGAUUCCUUCGGUCGUAAGUAGACAUAGAAAUUGAUAUUAUCAAAAUUAAUCUUUAGUUAAUCGAGAACAAUUUCAUUUAGUACCUUUGUUAUUGUAUAUUACAUACUUAGAGUUUCAAUUCAUGUUUUUAUAAUGUUGUGUAUGAAUAAUCAGUCUUAUUUUAAACGUAUAGAACAUAAUAAUAUUAAUAUUAUUAUGGACAAGUCUAGUCAAGUUUAGACACGCGACGUGAACGUACCGUACCUCUUGUUCAGAGAUACUUUAAGAGCUUGUGAAACUUAAACGUUUUACGUUUGCUUUCUUAACGUCGAGAUAUUGGUCGUCGGUCAAAUGAUUGGUUUUCCGUUAUAGUGUACUAGUUUAAAAAUAUAUCAGAAAAUUAAGACUACAGAUACGAAUAAUGUUAUAACUAUAAGAUAUAUCUAGAUUUAGAAUAGUUGAAAGCCUUGGAAAAUUGGUGAAUGAUAUGAUUAAGAUGCACUUUUCAUUGCUUAACGUUGUGAUACAAAGGCCUUAUUUAUAAUUUUAAAAUGAAAUAUUGUCAUUAAUAUUGCUAUACAUGUGUUGCUUACGUUUAAUUGUAAAUGACAACGAUCUUUGUCCUAAUGUAGGUUUACAAUUUUAACACCAAACUGAUUAAAUCACCAAAAAAACUACUAUUCGUUUAAGUAAUAUGCACUCUCUCUUUAGCGCAAGAUUGAAACCUAAUCGGUCACUCGAGAUUAGACUGAACCCUCCCCGAGUCUUAUAUCAUCUAUAAGAAUAUGAAAAGAAGGCUUCUAUGGGAUUCUUAGUCAGGGGUUCAGGGAAUACAAUAUUCAAAAAUAAUUUAAUAGUUAAGAGAUUUUAUAUAUAACGAAUUUACUUUACUAUGCACAACAGGCACAGUACAGCUCGAUUCAUCACUCGCUUAACAAUAUUUUAUGAAGUUAUUGUAAGUUUAGUAGAAUUUUAUUAAAGGGCUUGUUGACAACGUCCAAAAUAGAUCUUUUCAUACUUAGUAUGGAGUAGAUAGUCUGCUGAUAGGCGCUGGUCGUGCUAAUCUUUAUAAUAUAAGAAAUAUACUGAUGUAAGGUACUUAGGACUAGUUAUUAAAUUACGUCGGGUGCAAUCUCAAAUCUUAGCACUAGUAUAUGAUCGAAUGUAGAUCAAUAUAACAAUAUUGUUUGUUUUGUAUUGUAGUUUUUUAUUUUGAUGGCUUCUACUAUAAAAUCAACCAGAAAUUCUGCGGCACCUUCUCUGCGCCGUUUAUUAUUCUUAUUCUUAACAUAAUAAAAUAAUUAAACUAUGAAAAUAAUGUUUAUUAUUAAUUAUAGUAUUGUUUGCAAAAAAAAAAAAACAACUGACAUUAUCUAGA